UCAGUUUUGUAAAUGUAAAUUGUAGAUUGUAGAACAACUACGGGUACGGUUUGACUACGGCAUUCGAGUUUCAAAUAUUAAAAUUACUGAAACUGUGAAAUUUAUUAAUUCGAUAGUUCAAGUAUCUACUACCAAAUCAGCAAUGGCUAUUCCUGACUAUAAAUUAAGUACCGUCCUAUGCGGUCAUUCAAUGGAUGUGAGAUGUGUAGCUAGCACUAAAGAAUUUUGUAUUCUUUCCGCUUCACGCGAUAGAACAGCAAAACUUUGGCACCCGGAAGGAGUAAAAGAUUUCGUGAAUGUGGUGACUUAUCAGGGACAUACAAAUUUUGUGUCCUGUGUGUGCUGGCUGCCUCCAUGUGAAGCAUUCCCCGAUGGUUUAGUGAUAACUGGAAGUAAUGAUAACACAAUCCUUGGUUAUAACUUGCAAGAUGGAACUGUACAAAUAAACUUAAAAGGUCAUGAUAAUGCAGUGUGUAGUGUAACUCCUGGUAAAGACUCUGGAAUCCUAUUGAGUUCUAGUUGGGACAAUACAGCAAGAGCUUGGAAUAUAAAUUCACCUCAAAUGGCUCCGGUCAUCCUACGAGGUCACCAAGCUGCAGUUUGGGCUUCAAUAGAACUCGGAAAUUGUACAUAUGCCACUGCAUCAGCAGAUAAAACAAUUAAGUUAUGGAAAAAGAAUGGAGAACUUAUCACUUCACUAACAGGUCAUACAGAUUGUGUAAGAAGCUUAGCAGCAUCGAGCAAUGAAACAUUUCUUAGUUGUGCUAAUGAUGCCUCUAUUAAAUUAUGGACUAACAAAGGAGAGUGUCUUAACACUUUCUAUGGCCAUACAAAUUAUAUAUACAGUAUAAGUGUAAACCCAGGUGUUGAACAUGGUUUUGCUAGCUGUGGUGAAGAUGGCAGUGUUAGAUUAUGGGCUAAUGGGGACUGUGUUCGUGAAUUGAGGCUACCUGUGCAUUCUGUGUGGAGUGUCACUUGCUUGGACAAUGGAGAUGUUGUUACUGGUUCUAGUGACGGAUUAGUUCGUGUUUUCACUAAAGAUCCGUCGCGGUAUGCCGACGAAGCGACGUUGGUACAAUUUGAAGAAGAUGUGCAAAAGAUGCUUGUCGCUUCAUCACAAGAUUUUGGAGGAUUCAAGCUUUCCGAAUUACCUGGCCCUGAAGCUUUACUUGAUCCAGGCAAGUCCGAGGGUCAAACUAAACUAGUCCGUCGGGGUACGAAUGUGAAAUGCUACUCUUGGAGUGUCGCCCAGAAUACUUGGAACGAGAUUGGUGAUGUAAUGGGAGCUCAACCCGCAUCGGAGGGGAAGACUAUGUACCAAGGAAAGGAAUAUGACUUUGUAUUCAGUGUCGAUAUUAAAGAUGGCGCGCCCGCGAUCAAGCUGCCAUUUAACAAGACGGAGGACCCAUGGGUUGCCGCACAAACAUUCAUACAUAAAAAUGAUCUACCCCAAGUAUAUUUGGAGCAAGUAGCUAAUUUUAUAAUCUCAAAUGCGAAGCUGGAUUCUCUUCCCGCCGCCUCUAGCAAUGGUUUCGCGGAUCCAUUCACGGGUGAGUCCCGGUACGUGCCAGGGGCCGGGUCGGCGCCCGCCGGUGUGGUUGCCGCCUCUGAUCCGUUCACGGGGGCCGGCGCCUACACGACCGGCUCCAACUCUUCAGUUUCCGUCACCAACGGCAAACCUUUGCUGCCACACGACUCAUAUAUCAGAUUCGAUCAAGCAAAUUUAAAAGCUAUACAUGAUAAGCUCAAGGAGUUCAACAGCAAGGUCGGGGAUGGCUUGAGCACCUUCACAGAUGAACAAAUUGAAGAUAUACUUAAAUUAGGUGAACUGAAUUGUACAUAUAGUCCAGACACGAUAACAUCGCUCAAGAAAAUGUUGGAAUGGCCCAAAGAAAUACUGUUUCCUGUGUUGGAUAUAACUCGGUUGGCGGUCAGGAAUAAAGAUAUCAACGGGCAAAUGUUCGACACCACGUACGGACCCACGUUCAUCAAAUAUAUCCUGUCUCUUUUAGUCCCUGAUAGUUUACCCGCCAACCAGAUGCUAUCAAUGCGAGUCCUGGUGAACGCCUUCAGUGACCUGCCUGGCGAGAUGUUGGUGCUGGCAGCUAGAGAGAGUGUCAUGAAUUCCAUCAUCUGUCUCCCACAACUCAGUAACAACGCACAGAUAGCGGCAACUUCAUUACUACUGAACCUGUCAGUUGCGCUGGCGCAACAACCCGACUCGGUGGACCUGGCAGACUGCGUCAUAAACCUGCUCAACAGAAUAACGGACAAGGAAGCAUAUUUCAGAGGACUGAUUGCACUUGGCACGUUGCUAGCUGAAUCUCCCAGCAAACUGGUGAUACAAACGAAAAUUGUGUCCAACCCGCACCUACACAAUAAACUGAAGACUGACUCAGCAACGGUAGCCGACACGCACUUCGCCAAAAUCACAUCCUGCUCACAACAAAUUAUGAGACUGUUAUGAAAUAUUUACUUUAGACAAGUUUCGUAAACUGCCGUAUAAAUUAAUUUAUAUUCUGAGGAUGAGUACUAAUUUAUGUUAUUGUAAUAAAAUUAGUUGAAUACUU